GCUGGCAGAGAGUGUGGGCGGCAGAUCCUUAGGAGAGCAGAAAACCAUCCAGGCCAGGAGAUCAUCUUUCCAUUCCUGCUGGCCACCAUGUCCUUCUUCUCCUUUUCCUUGGGCCGCCUGGGGCUGCUGCCCCUCUUCCUCCUCCAUCUCCUCCUGGGCCUGACUCAGGCCCAGACCUUCCACAUGGGGAAGUGCCCAGACCCCCCGGUCCAGGAGGUCUUUGACAUCCACAAGUAUGUAGGCAAAUGGUAUGAAAUUGAGAAGCUGCCAUCAAACUUUGAGAAAGGCAACUGCAUCCAGGCAAACUAUUCACUGAGGGAAAACGGGAAAGUUAAAGUGGUGAACAAGGAGGUCCACAUGGACGGCACCAUCAACGAGAUUGAGGGGGAGGCCUUCCAAGGAGACCACCAGGAACCAGCCAAGCUGCACGUCAAGUUCAACUGGUACAUGCCUGCAGCCCCUUACUGGGUCAUCUCUACAGACUACGAAAACUAUGCCCUGGUCUACUCCUGCACUUCCUUCCUCCGGCUUUUCCACGUAGAUUACGCCUGGAUCAUGUCCCGAACGCCUGAACUGCACCCGGAGACUGUGGACCACCUGAAGAGCAUCCUCCAGUCCUAUGAGAUCGACACAGCCCGGAUGAGGCCCACCGACCAGGUGAACUGCCCUCCGGAGGUGUAGCCUGCAGGGGACCCACGGAUGGACGGACAGACCAAGAGACGCACAGACACACGCGCGCACACACCGACAGACUGACUUUCUUGCUUCUUUGUCUCAGAUAGCAAAGCCUUGAGGGAUGGGAAGAUGGGAGGGAGGAAGAAAGGAAGGGAAGGAAGGAUGGAUGUCAGGGAAGGAGGGAGGGAAGGAAGGAAGGCAGGCCAUCUGUUUGUUUGUCACUUUGUUAACGCCUAUUUUAAGAGGUCUGCCUCUUUUCCAGCUGUUGCUUACAAGUUCACGUUUGGCUCAAGAUUAACAAACGGUUAUUGCCCAAGAUGUAGCUGCCUUCAUAGAUUCCCUGCGGCUGGAGGCUGAAACCCACUGGGCAGCAUGGCCUUUCCGGGUGAAGCUCAAUUCCCAACGCUCUUUUGAGGAAACGUCUGGUGUUUUCUGCUCAAAAUAAACUUUG